AUGUUAACGAAAAUGAUCAGGGAGCAUGAUGCUGCUCAGCAACUAAGAAGAGAAAUGCAAGAAAAAAGAAAAAAUGAAGCCAUCGUAGCGGCACAAAGUUUGGCAGGUGCUGUCGUCGAUCAUCUGAAUUAUUCUGUUUCUCAAGCUUAUAACAGUCAGAAACGACUGGAUGUAGAAGUGAAGAAGUUGGAGAAAAAUGCCACAGAACUGGCACAACAAGCGGAACAAUGGAUACAGAUUACGGAUUCACUCAAUAAAGCUUUAAAAGAAAUUGGGGACGUUGAAAACUGGGCAAAGACAAUCGAAACAGAUAUGAAGAUUAUAUCGAGUACAUUGCAAGCAGUUUUCGAAGGUAGCAGGAGAGCUUUCUCACUUAUUUUUCUUUUAAUAUCUUUGAGGAGAAAAUCUGAUGAGGAAAAGGAUUUCUAA